AUGGCCAGCCCCCAGGAACUUCAUCCUGCCACCACAGCUGUCGACAAGGAUGAUUUGGUUAUUCCUCUGAUCAGCUUCGGCCCUUUCUUCUCUGGGACCCCAUCCGACAAGCAUGCCAUCGCACUCUCCAUAACAGAAGCCUUCAGAACCUCAGGCUUCCUCUACCUGAAAGACCACGGUAUCCCGCCAUCCGUGGUAUCCCGAGUCUUUGCCUCAUCUGAGCGCUUCUUUGGUCGACCCCAGAACCAGAAGGACAGUCUGGCGUGGACGACCCCACAGUCGAACCGUGGUUAUGUUGCUAUCGGCCGCGAGAAGCUCGCGACCCUUGACGAAACAGAUGAGAUAGACGAUCGCCGGACCUCCGUCCCCGACAUCAAAGAGACCAUGGAGAUUGGUCGGGAGGGUGUAGAUGGUUUGCCGAAUCGCUGGCCCGACCAUCUCGAUGACGAAGGGAAGGACUUCAAGGAAACUAUGUUGUCCUUUUUUGUGAUGUGCAAGACCUUGCACCGGCAGAUCAUGAGCGCUAUUGCACUGGGCAUGAAUCUGCCUGAGCAUUUUUUCGAUGAAUUUGUGAGUGGCGGUGACAACAAUCUCCGCCUGCUACACUAUCCGCCGGUUCAUAAGAAUGUGUUCAUAAAGAAUCCUGAACAGGUUCGCGCUGGCGAACACAGUGAUUACGGCUCGGUGACUCUGCUGUUUCAAGAUCGACAUGGUGGAUUACAGGUGCGCAGUCCGAAGGGGACUUUCGUGGAUGCCACUCCCAUUUCUGACACAAUUGUGAUAAAUGCUGGUGAUUUGCUGGCACGCUGGUCUAACGAUACGAUCCGAAGUACUCGCCAUCGAGUGAUCCAGCCCCCGAAGCCGGAAGGCGAAGACAAAAGUGACUCGGGAGACACAUAUCCAUCGCGGUACAGCAUUGCGUACUUUUGCAACCCGGACAACGACAAGACUAUUCAGGCACUGCCCGGGACAUACGGCGAAGAUAUCCAUGUGACGAAGAAGUACAAAGAUGUCACUGCGGGGGAUUACCUGGUCCAACGGCUGACGGAGACAUACUAA